GAUUAUAAUUUAAAAUGGGUGUAAGGUAUCUUUGCAAGAACCGGAUAAUCACCUUAAACUCAUAGAACCAAUGUAGCUGAGAUCUGAGAUAAUUUUGCUGUAAGUAGAAGUAGAACCACUACCAAUUGAAAUUACUAAAAAAACCUUACUUAAAAUGUAAAAUUACAACAAAACCAUAUAAACCGUCAACAAUUCCCUCACUACGGUCUGUCUCAUGCGAGUCUCCACUGCCUGCGGCCAACCACAGCUCCGCCGCCGUCGACUGUCCUUCCCGCAUCCACUGUGGCAUUCGUUUCAGUUCGUCAGUUCUUUUCGUCCAUUAUUAAUACUUAAUAGGUAAGGAAAAAGAGGUAAGGUUUAUUCGAUUUUGAUUUCGAUUUGUUGUCCUCCAUUGAUGAGUCUGUGGUAUGCGAGUGAGACGGUGAUGCUUAUGCCUGAAUGUUGAUUUUGAUCUUGAUCUGUUGUCCUCUAUUGAGGGGUCUGGACUCGACUGGAUUCGAUUAGUUUUCCUAAUUCCUCUAUUCCAUUUAAUUUAUUGUUCGAAGUUGACAGUUCACCAUUGGAUUUGGAUAAUAUUACAAAAUAAUUAAUUUGUUUAUUUUUUUGCAUAUGAGAUCUAAAUAAGAUCGAUGAUAUUUGGCCUGUGUUACCUUACUUAUUUGGCCUGAGUUUUUUAUUUGCUUGAUGAAGUAAGCAUGUUGUCUCUUGUGGCUUUGACUUGGAUUGUUUUUAUAGGUGUUUUUCUUUUUUGAAUUGGGUAAGACAUUUGCGAGAAUCAAAGAGAUGAACAAGUUAUAAAUAAUAGUUUAUUUUUCAGCCCUCCCAAGCUUUUUUGUCAAGCUCUGCCACUAACCGAGUCUCAAAAUCUGUAAGAAAAACAUACACAAACACAAGCCUUCCUCGCUGAACUCUUAAAUAUAAUCCAAUUCCAAUCCAAUGGCCUUUAACAGAACCACAAAGGGGAAACCAAAAGCACCAAGAUCCAAAAUCAUAGUGUUGGGUGGAUCAGUGAGUGCAAUAGCCCUUGUAUUCCUACUCUCCUCACUUGUAUUUACAACUGGUUCCCCAAAAUCCCACGUUAAAUUUGAAGGACAUAACAACAACAAGUAUCUAUAUUGGGGCACACGAAUCGAUUGCCCUGGAAAACACUGUGGGUCCUGUGAGGGUUUAGGUCAUCAAGAAUCUAGCCUUAGGUGCGCCCUCGAAGAAGCCAUAUAUCUCCGCAGAACUUUUGUUAUGCCUUCAAGGAUGUGUAUUAAUCCUAUACAUAAUAAGAAAGGGAUCCUUCAUCGUUCAACUAAUGCUACUUCCGAGGAUCAGUGGGAGGCAAGUUCUUGUGCCAUGGACUCUUUAUAUGAUCCAGAACUCAUGUCAGAGACUGUCCCUGUAAUUUUUGACAAUUCAAAAGAGUGGUAUAGAGUUUUAUCGAUUAGCAUGAAGCUUGGAGCCAGAGGAAUUGCUCACGUGGACAGAGUUAGUCGUAUUGAGCUUAAAGAAAACAAUCGCUACUCUGAUCUGUUGCUCAUAAACAGAACUGCUAGCCCUCUUUCUUGGUUUAUGGAAUGCAAGGAUCGAAACAACCGUAGUGCUAUAAUGUUACCAUAUUCCUUUCUUCCCUCAAUGGCCGCAAAGAAACUAAGAGAUGCCGCAGAAAAGAUCAAAGCACUACUUGGUGAUUACGAUGCUAUCCAUGUUCGUCGUGGGGACAAAAUAAAAACCAGGAAAGAUAGAUUUGGUGUAGCUCGGACCCUGCAUCCACACCUUGAUAGGGAUACUCGCCCUGAGUUUAUUCUUUGUAAAAUAGCAAAGUGGGUUGCUCCCGGAAGAACCUUGUUUAUUGCUUCAAAUGAAAGGACUCCAGGGUUUUUUUCACCGCUUUCUGUCAGGUAUAGAUUGGCAUAUUCAUCAAACUAUAGCUAUAUGUUGGAUCCAGUGAUUGAGAAUAACUAUGAAUUAUUCAUGAUCGAGAGGCUUAUAAUGAUGGGUGCUAAAACGUUCAUUAGAACGUUUAAAGAAGAUGAGACAGAUCUUAGCCUUUGCGAUGACCCAAAAAAGAAUACUAAAAAAUGGCAGAUACCUGUUUACACUGCAGAUGAAACUUGCUGAGACAUACAUACGCCUUAGGAAGAAAUUAUUGUUUAGAGAAAAAUGAGAGGGUGUUAACUUGUGUUGUAAAUUGUGAUGUUAGCUACCGUCAAAAUUUAAUUAAUUCAUUAUAUGUAUGCACUUGUCUCACAGUAAAGCUGAAGUGAAGUGGCCACUAAAUUUUUUAUGUUGGGCACUAGUUUGUAUGUACGGUCUUGUUCCAAACAAUGGGUUUAAACAUGCACUCUUUAGGAUAAGGUAUUUAGUUUCGUACACUCAA